GGGAGGCACUACUGGUCUGAGUCAUGUAGUCAUUGCCCGCGCCAAGGCACCAUAGCUAUCGCCGCUCGCAAGCCAUCGUGAUCACCAUAGACGUCGUCAUCACCGAGAGUGUUUGCACGACCGAAGUGUUUGUCGUAUUGUGAAUUAUGGGCCGUCGAUAUAUCGCGCAAUCCAAUUUCGUCAUCGUGAGAUCCUGAACUUUCUAAGGACAAUAUCUAGGUAGAUAGGUACGUCUGCGUGUGUGGGCGCGGAACAAGACAAAUCGAAAUUUUAAAUUUUCGGUCGGCGCGAUCGUCACCGUCCUCGUGUGUUCGGAUAUUAUGUUCCCUCCAUGUGUAUGAGCUUCGUGUUUGUGAGCUUACCUUCGGCUACAAGUAUCGCGGUUUACAGCUGCUGUGUCAUCAUGAAGAUUGGCUAGUCAGGCUCUCAUCUAGGCGUUGCAAGGGUUGUUGGCACCACUUGAGGUGGUGAUGAAGGUGGGUUGAUCACAGCGCGUGAUAAAAUUUCUCCUGCGUAAUUAGACGAUAGAAGCACAAGGACAAUCUUUUCCUCGAUAAUGCCUCAUUUGCUCGAAAUCGGCGAGGUCGCUUUGUCUCGUUCUGCCGCGUCGUCAGCACCAAUUAGUCCCUGCUGGGACAGGUGGAGUUCUCCUUUGCCAGGGAGCAAGCGCGUCCUCGCGGUUUUGUGGACUAUGAGCGGGAUUCAAGGCUGGGAUCGGUCGAGAUCGGUCGCGAUUCGGAAGGCAGAGGUCCAGUUGGAUGCAGUUGCUGCCAGGCAGUCAAAGCCGCGAUUAUCUGUCAUUGACAGGAUGCAAAUCGGACUAGCUAGUGGUCUCGGCCAUGGGAGUGCGCAUGCAGCUUUCUUCUUCCUUAGCUUGUUGACGCCUGCGCUUGGCCCAGCAACGUACUACGUCGAUUCCUGCCCCCAGAUGCCCUUCUUUCUGGUUGCUGACUUUGGUAAAUUUUGCAUCUGGCGGCUGCGUUUGGGGGACGAGUCUGGUACUUUUGUGUGCAAUUUGUUCAUUGGCGUAUUGCGGAAAGGUGGUGUGGGAAAGAACAGGCCACUCCAUUGUGGGUGAGAGAUAACUUAGGAGGCAAGCUGUCUUUCAGCCAUUGAUUGUUGUUCUGCUUUAUUAGCUGCCAUAUUCGCCGCCGUAUUUAAAAGGGGUUUAAAGGGGGAUGCUUGACAGGUUUGCAUUGUGCAAGAAAGAAGUGAUAUGCAGAGGAGGGGACUUAUCGAGGCGUGGUUUCCCACAAGUGAGAAAGGGUUGUGUAGAGGGUAUUGGAGAAAUGAGAGUGUGGAGAUUGUGUGGGGUUGUUUCACAAGAAACCAGUGCAGGCACUAUGGCAGGAAAUGGGAGGUUGGAGUACUAAUGGCAGGACAUUGUCUGGAGUAUGAACUGAGGUGGUGACCAUUCUGCAUGCUUUUCUGUAUCAAAGUAUGAUGGACCUGGUCUUAAUUGUGUACCGAGUUCAGGGAGAUUUAGCACACAAUGUCCUCAGAUCAACCAUGGUGGUUUGCGGUGUAUACGGAAGAAGCUUCUGUGUGGUGUAUGAUUAACUGCGGUGUAUACUGAAGAGGAGUGGCGGAAAUGCGAGGAGGAUGUUGCAGGAAGUAAGUCUGCUCAAUUGCAUCCAUUCAUGAUUUGUUUGCUUGAUUGCCAAGCAAGUGACAUCUCUGCUGUGAAGGGGUGUGGUUUUCUUUUUCUUGCUUUUGUUUUGGUGACCCUGUUGGCACUGCUGUGGAUGUAGGGUCCUUGCAUAAUUUGUAGUCUGUCCACUUCCUUUCCUUGUACUAUAAUCACAGAGUCCUGCAGCCCUUUCCUCAAGUAUGAACAGCACACUCUUCUCAUACCCAUCUCUGGUGGCAUGUGUGGAUCUGUGUCGGCACUGUGUGGCAGGGCAAUGACAGUCUGAGAUAUGCAUUGUGCCAGCAGCAAAGCCAUGCACGGCCGUGCUAUGUCGAUAGAAAUCUAUAGACAAAUGAAAAAUUGAUUGGCCGCAACGCCACUUGUGUUUUCGACUGACGUCCUCUAUCUCCGACGAGUCUUCGUGCAAUUCUGGCAUUUACGCUUUAGAAGUUCGCGCACUUAACCCGCGAGCGACAACAGGAGUUUUGCGAUGUGUUGCGGGAUUAAACCCGCAGAAGUUGCGAUGUUCGUACGAGGAGUUCACCCCCCCAUGUCCAUACUUCCAUACUUAACCCAUAAGACAACUGUAGUUGUGUAUUAAAUUAUUAAUUACUCUGUCGUGACCGCCGAUUUGUAUGUAUCCUUCAUAAGGUUGUUAUCUCGUUAACCUUGUUGGUCAAUUACAGUGCAAGGCCUUCACCUCUCUCUCGCUGCCGUCGAAUUGUCCUUGCCGUGGAUGAACUCUCUAGCUUUUCGCCUUGAUGAUGGUAUAAAUGAAAGCUGUGUAGGGAU